GAAUUGGUUAAUAAAACGACAAAGAUGUUAAGUAGAGAAAACCCUGCUAUCAAUUGGAAUCUUAUGAAUGUUACAAAAGAGGAGGCUAGUAUCUUUGAAGAUCCUGAUGGUCCACUUUGGAUGAGAAGAUACGCUAAAGAAAAAGAUAAUGAUGAAUCUACUAAAAAGAUGGUGGAUGAAGUUUUGGAGAUUUUAAAGGUAAAAAGAAUGGUCAUAGGACAUACUCCAUUAUCAAACCGUAUACAAUCAAAGUUUAACGGUAAAAUAUACGUUAUUGACGUUGGUAUUUCUUAUGCUUAUGAUGGAAAUUUGGCUGCGUUAGAGAUUAUUGGUGAUCAGAUAAAGGAAAUAUAUCCUGAUAAAAAAGUGAAUAGCAACGAAAAUGUCAAUGAUGAUAGUAUUAAAAAUGUUGAUAAAAUUAUAAAGGAUGAGUUGUGA